AUGGCGAAUGCGAACGUCCCAGAGCAAGGAAGCUCACCAACAGCGGGUGAUUUAAAUGAUCUUUUUGAUUAUGACAUUGGCUUGGAUGAAAUUAUUCCGGAUAACAAUGUUCCCAAUGCCCACAGCACCAAGGCCUCUGGGGCAGGGCUCUCGGCACUUGGUUUGGGUCUUGACGAAGAAGUCAAAGUCGCAAAGAAACGACAACCUGUGGCCAAACUAGACGAGGGCCGCUUACUCUCACAACCGGGUAUACCCAAACUGCGACAUACUGCCAGACAGAAGCUGAAAUUCAAGGGCAGAGGACACGAGUUCAAGGACGCCGCCCGCCUGCUCAACUUUUACCAGCUAUGGCUCGAUAAUCUCUUUCCACGAGCAAAAUUUGCAGACGGUCUGGUAAUGAUCGAGAAACUGGGACACUCAAAACGCAUCCAGGCCAUGCGACGAGAAUGGAUAGACGAGGAGAAACCGAGACUUUUCGAUAGCCUUAGAUCCACGCAAGAAGAGCUCGAAAAUCGACACGUCCUCAAGAACCCUGCAGAUUCCAAUCGUAACCCAGCCACAAUUACUCAGGACGAGGAAAGGGCUGUCGACCAAGAUCUUUUUAUUUCAGACCCAAACGAGAGUUUAUGGCCCACAACCAGCUACCCCGAGCCCGAGGACGACGAUUUGGAUGAUCUUCUCAGAGAACAGGAUGCACCAAUGACUGAUUUCCUCGCCGACAUGCGUGGCUCAUCUUCACGGGCACCAAAUGACGAGAACGAUGAAUAUGAUGCUGAAUAUGAAGCGAUGAAGGAGCUUGGAAUGUAG